UGGAACAAAGCUUGCGAGACUAGAGGGAAAGGAAAACAACGGAGGCUGUGAUCAAAGCUGCUCCCGCCAGUCCAUCCACACUAGGCUCUGAAUCUUCUUCCCAGGUCAUCCAUGCAGCCGGCAAAUCUUCUGUGAGCACGCCGCCUCCGUUUCCAUGGACACCACCGCCCGCCAGGGACGCAGAGGGUAUUGGAUAUAGUUCCCUGUGCUCUACAAUAAGAUCUCAUUGGUGGAGCGCUGCAGCCAUGCAGGCGGCGGAUGCAGCACGCCCUGGACACAUCACGCAGAGCAGCACGGCGGGAGGCCCCGAGGGCCCGGGCCGCAGAGGUGGCCCAGGCGGCCCCAGCAGUCCCCGCGGUGAUGGCUGCGUUGCUGCUGUUGCAGCUGAGGGAGUUCCGCCGGUGGCGCCAGGACGGCACCCUUCGGCAGCGGGCGGAGAGUCCGCAUCCACAGCCAAAAGGCCAGGGAGCCGACCACUCGUAUUCACCCUAAGCGUACCUUUUCCGUCUUCCUUGGAGGCAGAGAUCGCCCGUGGCUCCCUGGCCCCAGAUGCUGAACCCCACCGAGGGGCGGCUGGGAAGAAGCUCUCAGUGAGCGCCAGCAUCCUGGCCGUCCACUGGAGAGCUGAAGAUUCCCGCCUCCUCCGAAUUUCCAUCCUAAACUUCCUUGACCAGCUUUCCCUGGCGAUUCGCACCAUGCAGCGCUUUGGGCCCCCUGUUAUCCGCUAAGCCACAGGGCUGGGGAGACAGGCCAGGGUCUGACCUUGUGUCUCUUCCUAGACAGUGCAGCCCGCAUGGGGCAGUGAUUCCUGUAGGAGUUGCCAGUUUACUAUGGGGGCCUAAUCUUUUGCCUGUAUUGGCCCUUGGGCGCUGAGGAUCCACUUGCUUUGUUUGAUGCUUAAAUAUUUCUUAACCACAGAAAAUAAAACUGAACUUCCAUGCUUAAAAAAAAAAAAAAGAGAGA